CUAUUAAUUACCCGGGGAUUAAUUGGCCGGUUGACUAAUACAAGUUAUGCGGGUUUUCGUUAUAAUGUUCAAAAUGUCGCAGAUUAUUUGGCCAGCACGGGUAUUCAUGCAGUAUCAGCAACUCCAAGAACUAUUGCAGAGUUACAAGGAAUGAAAUGGAUCUUACAACCACCAAGUUCUUCACAUAUCCGAAAUCCACAAGAGGUGAGAACCACAACUUUGAUGGAUAGAUCUAUUGCUCUCUCAUUUCAGGGUUAUCAGGCAACAAAAAAUUCUACAACUAGAAGAAUGAGUAAUUUUGAUACGGAAGGAAUUCAAAACGAAGGAGAGGAAGAAUUUGCAGGGGUAUUUUUUUGAAACAAAUCCCAGUAAUAGAUGGGAAGCAUUAGGAGAACCAGAUACAAAUCCUAGAUGGGACACUCUGGGAGAACCAAGUGGGAGGUAUAAUUUUUAUGUUAAUUAUGCGGCACCUCCUCCGGCCCCUUUUAUUCCCCCCACCAGGCCUAUGUGGGAUGAUGAUGAUAAUGAUGAUCGUAGCACAGAUGCAGCAAAAACUAAAGUUAUUACGGAAGUUGUUCUCCCUAGCAUAUGGGAAGACACUCCGUGGGAGGAAGACCCAUAUCUUGAUAUCUAUGGGUUUGAUGAUGAAGAAAAUUAUACCCCUUUUGAACAUGAAUCUCAUAUUACAGAAGGAGAUUAUGAAGAUGAAGACUUAAGUGUGCAUUUCUUGGGGUUAGAAAAUCUUGAUAAUGAUUAUCCUAUUUCACCUAACACUGUUCUUCCUAAUGAACAACAACAGGUUAGCUGGGAUGAUUCGGAUAGUGAAUUAGAAAAUUAUUGGCAGAACAUAGUUGAACAAGUUGAACACAUGGAGGAUCAAUAUUUUGUAACUCAAGCAACAAGACGAAUGGGUGAAUUAUCAAUACAAGAGACUUCAUCAACAGAGAACGAAGGUGAUAGUCAUACUGAGCAACAGGAUGUCACAAAUGAAAUUGCUCAUGCAGGAAUUGAAGCUCCUUUAAUUGAACAAUUGGAAGGAUUAGAAUAUCCUAUCCUUCGAAGUAUGAUGAACCAAGCAGUUAAUGAAAAUGCAUUCUCCAGUACUAGCGCCAUUUCAAGGUAUGAUCCUCCACCAGAACCUUUAAUGGGACAAAUUAACUAUCCACCAGCGCAGGUCAAUGUAAGAGUGACGCAGCAGCCGGAAACAACAAUUAAUGGAAAAUUUAGGCCAAGAGGAUAUAACCAUCAGCCAUGGACUCUUCCAUCAGCUCAAACUAAUGAUGGGGCAAUCUUAAUCUUACCAGAGGAUAUUGGCAGUAUUAUGAGGUAAUAUCCAGAUGGGAAUCUAUCACAAGUAAUCUGGUUAAUCAAAAGACCUGGCUAGAUAACGCCCAAAAGGUACAGUUUAUUGAAAAUUUACUUGGUGAAAAUGAAAAGAAAAUGUGGAUACAAUGGCGGAUGGCCUAUGCUGCUGACUAUGAGGCUCUCAUACAAAUGGCUGGGGAAACCCAGAACAUUUUAUCUGCCAUACGAAGGUCCUUUUUACUUGAGGACCCUUAUCAAGGCUCUACAGUGGAGCAAGAUCAAGCAUACAUUGACAUUGAAAGAUUAUCUUGCAAUAGUAUGAAAGACAUUUUUAAUUAUCUUAAUGAUUACAAGAUUUUAGCAGCAAAAUCAGGCCGUAUGUUCAUAAGUACUGAGCUCUCUGAUAAACUAUUUCGGAAAAUGCCACCUAUAAUUGGAAAUGAGAUUGAGGCAGCCUUUAAAGCUAAAUACCCAGCCAAUCAACUUGGUGUGAUACCGAGAAUUCAUUUUACAUAUCAGUAUUUAGCAGAAAUAUGCAAGAAGGCAGCAAUACAGAAAAGUGUCAAAGACCUCGCCUUUUGUAGUAAAAUCCCAAUACCGGGAUACUACAACAAACAAAAGAAGUAUGGAUUACGAAAGGCUAAGAAUUACAAAGGGAAGCCACAUGAUUCCCAUGUUCGCGUUUUCAAGAAAAAGAAGGCAGAUCAACAGAAAAAAUGUAAAUGUUUUAUCUGUGGAGAACCAGGCCAUUUCGCUCGUGAUUGUAAGAAGCAAAUAGGAAAUAUUGCAAGAGCAGCUAUACUUGAACAAUUAGAUCUCCCUUCGGAUUAUGACAUAUUAUUUGUAGAUCUUAAUGAAGCAGAUUCUGAUGCAAUUUGUUCUUUUUCAGAAGGGGAAGCAGGGCCAAGUUAUGUCAACUUGGUAUUAGAAGAAACACCCUGGAUACAAGAAACAACCUUCAUGUUGGGAGCUGAAAAAUUGCGGGUGGCGAAGUCAGGUAUUCGUGGGUGAUAAAAUGAAAAAUUGCCAAUAUGACUGGGAAGAAAAUCAGUAUGUCCAGCCUGCGGUCCGUUUUAUCUGAAUAAAACAUUGACCCUUAAGAAAGCAGAAAACAUUCCUCCGUAUGAUAAGGGUGAACGGAUGAUCGAAGAACUAAUUGACUACACCAACUACCUACAAAGUAUGGUGGACAAAGGAAAGCAGUGGCAUGAAAAUUUAUAUUUAAAGGUACGACGCCUAACACAAACAACAAAAAUACCUGUCCGCAGAACACCUGGGGCGGCUGGUUAUGAUAUAUUCACUGAUGAAGAAGUUCACAUAAUGCCCCGACAACAAUGCCUGGUUAAGACUGGAAUUAGCCUGGAAUUUUCUGAAGGCUAUUAUGCUCGAAUUGCACCACGAUCUGGAAGUGCAUAUCGACAUAACUUUAUAGUCAAUGCGGGUGUCAUUGACUCUGACUUCCGGGGAGAGGUAUGUCUUUUGAUCUACAAUUUUUCUGAUCUAACAUUAUCUCUUGAGCAUGGCAGAUCUAUUGCUCAACUGGUUUUUGAAAAAAUUAUGAUACCACCGGUAAUGGAGGUAAAUGAUUUGAGGCAAACAGUUAGAGGAACUGGUUCUUUUGGUUCAACAGAAAUGGAGGAACUAAGGUCCUCCGAUGAAUUAAUAUUUUCGGCAGCAAGGAAGUCGUUAAUCAACCGCCUUUAUAACAUUGAGAUUAUUCUUCAGAUCCCAGGGAUUAAUGAUACAAAGGUUCAAGCUAUUUUGGAUACAGGUGCUACAACUUGUUGUAUUUGUCAAAAUGCUCUGCCAAAUGAAGCCUUUGAAGAUAUUAAUUACAAGGUCCUUUUCUCUGGUAUCAAUUCACAACAGGAGGCUAGCAAGAAACUCAGAAAUGGAUAUAUGACAAUUGGGGUUCAUAAAUUCAGGAUCCCUUUUACCUAUCAAUUAGAAAUGAAUUUAAAAGAUGGAAUCCAAAUGCUGGUAGGAUGCAAUUUUAUCAAAUCCAUGGCAGGAGGUCUACGAAUAGAAGGAUCUGAAAUUACUUUCUAUAAGGAAAUCACCACCAUCAGGACCUCUCCAGAAGUAUUUGUUUCAGCAAAGGCUAUCCCAGAAUUGGACAUGAAUGAAGAAGAAUAUUUAACUAUGCAUGAAGACUUCUUUAUCCCUCAACAUUCCUUAACAACUAUUAACUUCAAGAUGAGAUAUGCUACAACCAUGCAGAAAUUAAAGGAGGCCGGAUACAUUGGUGAAAAUCCAACAUUACAUUGGUCAAAAAACAAGGUACUAUGUACUUUAGACAUUAUAAAUCCUGAUAUCACAAUACAGGAUAAACCCCUGAAGCACGUCACACCAGCAAUGGAAGCAACCUUUAAAGUACCUAUUGAAGCUUUGUUAAAAUUAAAGGUAAUUCAGCCCAGUAUGAGCCGGCAUAGGACUAUAGCAUUCAUAGUUCAAUCAGGAACCACAGUAGAUCCUGCUACGGGUCAAGAAAAAAAAGGAUAAAGAAAGGCUUGUUUUCAACUACAAAACAUUGAAUGACAACACCCACAAGGAUCAAUACUCAUUAUCAGGGAUAAACCUUAUUAUGAAAAAGGUCGGUAAUAGCAAGUUUUCUCAAAGUUUGAUCUAAAAUCAGGGUUUCACCAAGUUAUGAUGGCAAAAGAGUCAAUACCCUGGACUGCAUUCUUAGUGCCACAAGGUUUGUUUGAAUGGCUGGUAAUGUCAUUCAGAUUAAAAAAUGCACCCGCCAUUUUCCAAAGGAAAAUGGAUAAUUCUUUUAAAGGGUGUGAAGAGUUUUUAGUAGUCUACAUUGACGACAUCCUGGUGUUCUCUAAAAAUGAAGAGCAACAUUGUGCUCAUCUUAACAAAGUAUUGGAAAUUUGUCAAAAAGAAGGAUUGGCU